GGGGCAGAGUGGGGGAGGACCCUCCUGUCCCAUUCAUAACACGUUCAUUCACUGCGAGCCGGCGAAAACGGACUAAUCUCUCAGGCAGUCAUUCCCUCUACCCUAAUAAGACUCCACCACCUCUCCUAGAACUCGGUCCGAGGGAUGCUGCUUUCCGGGCCCAGCCACCACUGAAGCGCCCAGGCGUCCGGGAAGACCCGAACUGAGCGCGGACCCGCGGACCAUGAGUUCUCUGAGGCUGCGAGCGUCGCUGUCUCUGCUGCUGCUGCUGCUGCUGGGUGGCUGCCUCCUCGCGGCCGCCCGGAGAGACCAGGGGGCGGCAGGCAGCGCGGCGGAGCCGACCUCUGGUCCCGCGGGCGGCUCGUCCGGCCGCUUCCUCAGCCGCGAGCGGCACGCGUGCAGCUGGCAGCUCCUGAGGCGCGCCCCAGGGCCCGCGGCGGGGAGCGAGCUGGCGCUGCGCUGCCUGGACCCGGCCGGGGCGCUCCAGCAGUGCGCCUACCGUGGCGAGCCGGAGCGCUGCGCCGCCUACGCCGCCCGCGGCUCGCUCUACUGGAAGCAGGUGCUGGGCCGGCUGCGCAAGAAGCGGCGGCCGUGCCAGGACCCCGCUCCGCUCAAGGCUCGCCUGUGCGCGGGCAAGAAGGGCCAUGGCGCCGAGCUGCGCCUGGUGCCCCACGGGUCCUCACCCGUGCGCCCCACCACGGCCGGCUUCCCCCGGGAUCCCGAGCCCCGGGUCAGGAGCCGGGGGCGGCUCCGGGACCCCGCUCCCGCCCCCGCCAGAGGGGCCCGACUUCCCACGAGCAAGUCUCCUGGGGGGAAGCCCUCUGAGAAGGCCAAAGCGGACAAGAGGAAGGCGGCCUCGGACCCAGAAGAGGAGCGACCCCUGGGGACCCGGCCCGAUCCCGACGGGCUGGACGAGAACGCAAAGCUCACGGAGACCUACUGUGCUGAGAAGUGGCACUCCCUUUGCAACUUCUUUGUCAAUUUCUGGAAUGGCUGAGGCUGCCCAGCCCGGGGAGGAACGUGGGUGGGGGGAGGUACGCAGCCGGGGAGGAGACGUUAAGAGCAUCUUAGGCCAAGAGAUAAGGGAUGGAGCGUGGGGAGGAGUCCCGGUUCUAGACUGGGGCUGGGGAGGUGGGAGGGCGUGGGCCUCGGGAUGGGAGUGUAAAGGGUAGGGAGAAUCUCUGAGACAGCAGAGACGUUUAAUUUUUGGAAGAGUCCGACCCUGAUGAAGAGCAGAAGAAAUAGUGGAAACACAAGUAGGCAUACCUUAAAUGUACAAAAACUGUAGACUGGGAGAGAGACGAGCACAGAGGAAGGCUGGAAAAAAAAUAAGGUGGAAAAGGGACGAAAGCGAUGUAAAUCUCACGUGGGAAGCAGGAUACUAUGUAUAUUGUUUAACACAUUUAUAUUAAAAUGUCAUCACGAGCAAUUGGUAACCUGAGCCGGGUUGAAUUGUUUAGUGACUUCUCACCCAAUCAGAUGACAAGAUUCCCAACUUUUUUUUUCCUUUUGGAAUUAGUAUGAACUUGGGUACUGCUUGGUGUCAUAGAUGACCUCUGUUCGGAUAGAAGCCAUUCAGAGGUCCAAAUUGCCUCCAAUGAGAAGGUUUUCAGGAUGGUUGCCCUUGGAUUCUUUUAGAAGUGUUACUUUUAAACACAGGAAUGCCUUACGUUCUUUUGAAACUUUCCCAUUAACCUUUUAAAUUCAGAGGUGAAUUGUAGUGCUCACGUAGGUUUCUAAAAAGAAUUCUUUAUAUUUUAUCAUUUUUAAAAAAAAUAGCUGAAAUUAAGCAUGUAUCUCAGAGUCAUUUGGGCCAUUAUGGAAGUUAUAUCUCUGUUUCAUGUAAUUAAUUGUUAACAUAUUUCAUUUUAAGUAAGAUGUAAUGAUAACUUUGCACAUGUUAGGUGCUCAAUAAAAACUGUAUGACUUGAUUUAAAGAACUGGCAGGGCAAUGGAAAUUCUGACCGCAUAUAACAUAGUUCUGAGUAUACCUUGAAGUAAGUUCCCAAACAUCUCCUGAAUUGUUAGGAAAAGACAAGAAGUCUGCAUAAAGCAAGAGUGACAAACUGGCAAACCCUGGAGUGUAUCAUUGCUCUGCUUGGCCUGCAUGUGGUUCUCUUUCAUUUUUCCUCUUCUUCCCUCCCAGUUUAGAUUUGUUGCCAGCAUUUAAAAAUUUCAGGGCGCCUGGGUGGCUCAGUUGGUUAAGCG